AACACAACAAAACAAAAUAAAACAAAACAAAACUCCAAAAGGAUUAGAUUCUCUCCAAACACGAGGAAACAUGAAAAUGGGAAGAGUUCUAGUGUUGCUUACAGUUUUUAUGGCUGUGAUGUCUUCUACAAGAGUCUCUGCUCAGUCCAGUUGCACAACGGCGUUGAUCAGCAUGUCUCCCUGUCUCAACUACAUAACAGGAAACACUACCUCUCCUUCUCAGCAAUGCUGUAGUCAGCUAGGUAAUGUAGUCAGGUCUUCUCCUGACUGUUUGUGUCAAGCCCUCAACGGUGGAGGCUCUCAGCUUGGGAUCAACGUUAACCAAACGCAGGCUCUUGCUUUGCCUAGGGCUUGUAAUGUUCAAACUCCUCCUGUCAGUCGCUGUAACAACGGUGGUGGUUCUACUACUGACUCUCCUACAGAUUCACCAAACUCUUCAGGACCAGGAAAUGGAUCGAAAACUGUGCCAGUAGGAGAAGGAGAUGGAUCAUCGUCACACGGAAGCUCUAUCAAGAUCUCAUAUCGUCUUCUUACCUUCCUUUCCGUGGCUUCCUACAUCGCAAUCUUCUUGAAAUACUGAUUUCUUCUCAUCCAUGUUUAUCCUGAAACCGAUGAAGCUUUUAUGCCACACUCAGAUUGCAUUU